AUGACGAUCAACCUGUACCCGGAGGCGGACAUGCUGUCGCGCGCCCUGGCCGACCUGAUCGUCGACUACAGCUGGAAGAGCUUCACCAUCAUCUACGACACGGACGAGGGUCUGAUGCGGCUGAAGGACAUCCUGCAGAUUCACGGCCCGAGCGAUGCGCCGAUCACGGUGCGCCAGAUCGACGACGAUCCGGACUAUCGGCCGCUGCUGAAGGACAUCCAGUCGUCCGGCGAAUCGCACAUCAUCCUGGAGAUACGGCCCGACCGCAUCGUCGAGCUGCUGAUGCAGGCGAAGGAGGUCAAGAUGCUGGAGGAAUACCAGAGCUACAUCAUCACCUCGCUCGAUGCGCACACGCUCGACUUCAACGAGCUGCGCUACUCGCGCUCCAACAUCACCGCGCUCCGGCUGAUGGACACCAAGAGCUUCGACAUCAAGAACGCCGUGCACGACUGGGAGCAGGGCGAGGCGCGCAUGAAGCGCCCGUUCCGGCUCUCACCCGAGCACGUCCAGACCGAGUCGGCCCUCUACAACGACGCGGUCAAGAUCUUCGCCACCGCUAUCCGGGAGCUGGACGCGACGGAGGAGAUCUCGUACUGGCGGUUGUCCUGCGGCAGCAAGAACCAGCGCCAGUGGAAACAUGGCUUGCGCAUCGUCAACUACAUGAAGAAAACCGAAUACGGCAUCACGGGCCCUAUCAUCUUCGACGACUUUGGGCGGCGCACGCACUUCCACCUCGACAUCAUCGAGCUCAGCAAGGACGACGGCUUCAAGAAGAUUGCCACCUGGGACCCGACACACGGCGUCAACUACACGCGCAGCGAGGGCGAGGUGUACUCGCAGAUCGUGGAGUCUUUGCAGAACAAAACCUUCAUCGUCGCGUCCCGCAUCGGUGCACCGUUUCUCACGUUCAAGUAUGAAGGCGAAAUACUGGAAGGUAACAACCGCUUCGAGGGAUACUCGCUGGAGCUCAUCGAUGGGAUCUCCAAGAUCCUUGGCUUCCAGUAUCGCAUGGAGCUGGUGCCGGAUGGAAAGUACGGUUCCUACAACAAGAUCACUAAAAAGUGGGAUGGACUCGUGAAGCAUCUACUUGACCGGAAAGCAGACCUGGCCGUUUGUGACCUCACGAUAACGUACGAGAGACGAACAGCCGUUGAUUUUACGAUGCCCUUCAUGACACUUGGAAUCAGUAUCCUGUACGCCAAGCCAGUCCAGCAGCCGAAGGAACUGUUCUCCUUCCUUUCGCCACUCUCGCUCGACGUCUGGAUCUACAUGGCGACGGCCUACCUGGGAGUGUCGGUGCUGCUGUUUGUGCUAUCGCGCAUGGCACCGGCGGACUGGGAGAACCCGCACCCUUGCAAGCAGGACAACGACGAGGUGGAGAACACCUGGGACAUGCUGAACGCGCUCUGGCUGACGAUGGGCUCCAUAAUGGGGCAGGGUUGCGACAUCCUGCCGAAGGCGAUAUCGACGCGACUCGUUGCCGGCAUGUGGUGGUUCUUCGCCCUCAUCAUGCUGUCGUCCUACACCGCCAACCUGGCUGCGUUCCUGACGAUGGAGCGCAUGGAUGCGACCAUCGAGUCGGCGGAGGACCUGGCGAAGCAGAGCAAGAUCAAGUACGGUGCCGUUGUCGGCGGUAGUACGAUGGCGUUCUUCCAAACGUCCAACUUCUCCACGUACCAGCGCAUGUGGGCUGCGAUGGAGUCGGCCCGCCCGUCCGUGUUCACCAAGAGCAACGACGAGGGUCGGGACCGCGUCCUCAAGGGCAAACGGCUCUACGCGUUCCUGAUGGAGUCGACCUCGCUGGAAUACAUUACCGAGCGGCAAUGCGAUCUGACGCAGAUCGGAGGUCUGCUCGACUCGAAGGGCUAUGGUAUCGCGAUGCCAGUCAAUUCACCGUAUCGCACUGCCAUCAGCGGGGCCGUGCUAAAGAUGCAGGAGGAAGGCAAGCUGCACCAACUCAAGCAGCGCUGGUGGAAGGAGAUGCACGGUGGUGGUCGGUGCAACGAGUCCUCCAGCAUGGGCUCGGCAGACACGGCGGAACUGGGCAUCGGGCAUGUGGGUGGCGUGUUCGUCGUCCUGGCAAUUGGGUGCCUGUGCGCCUUCAUCAUCGGCAUCCUGGAGUUCCUCUGGAAUGUGCGCAAGGUGGCAGUCGAGGAGAAGGUGACGCCGUGGGACGCGCUCAAGGCAGAGCUGAAGUUCGCUCUAAGCAUCUCCGUCACCUCGAAGCCGGUGCACAACACGCUAAGCGAGUCGACGGCAAGCGGCAAGAGCUCGUUGCGCUCGAAGUCCGAGUCCCGGCGUGGCUCGGAAUCGGCCAGCCGUAUCAACAACGUGCGCUCUGCCGCGAGCCUCAUGAACAUCGACAAGAUGGGAUUCAGCUUCGGCAAAAACUAGGAUGCCCUUCCACGGAAGU